CAGCUGUUUACCGCCGCGCAGGGGGGACUGGGGUAAUUUUGGCGUGUAAACCUCAGUGGCUGAGCCGGCCACUCACGCCGAUACCCCACCCCCCUCUUUCCCUGCUCAUUCCCGGGAGUGACACAGAUGAUUUAGACCAGCCCAGCAGAAUGUUGGUGGAGAGAUUUGCCUGAAUGCUGUUUUUGACUCGGGUUUUUUUCCCCCCUUGAAUCAGAUCUCAGUCCUCUACGAGAUCCAAUUUGAUUAGAAACCAGCCAAUCUAGCGUUUCACGUGUGGCUAAGGCAGUAAAGUUGGAGCUGAAGAGGGGGUAGAAGAAGAAGGAAAAAAAACCUUGCCAACAAAACGUCGGGACGGCGCACUUGGCGGAGACAGACUCACAUAACGCACCGUUUGUACUUGGUCACUCGUAUUGGUAGAAUGGAACUUGCAGCGGUGGUGGCUUUCUACUCCUGGCUAGCUCCUGUACUGGGGUCAGCAUUUGGCAGGGAAGUGCUUGCUUCAGCGGUAGAUGGUCAUGAAGACUAUGACAGUGCUUUUCAUUAUGAUUAUGAAUCUCUAAGAAUCGGCGGGCUGGUUUUUGCCGUGGUACUCUUCCUCAUGGGUAUUGCCCUCAUCGUCAGCCGAAAAUGUACCUGCUCAAAGAGUGACAAAACAAGGCCCAGAGGUCCUGAUGCAGAAGCAGGAGUUCCAAGGGGCUGAGUAAGUGGGUGAACAUCAGUGAUACUGACUCUGGCCAGUGGAGGGCAGCAAAUGACCUGAUAAGAAUUGAAGACUGCCAGGACUGUCUGUACCCCGAAUAACUCUUGAAGUGUCUUACAAUUUCAUCCUGCUACUGUGCUCUUGGCGAUUUUAUAUUGCAGUGAUACUGUUUUUUUUUCUUCUUAAUUUUCAAAUGAAAUGAUGCAUUAAAGGUAAACCCAA